AUGGGAUUAUAUUUAUUUACAAAAGAUAUAAAAGAUAUAAAAGGUACAAAAGGUAUAAAAGAUAUAAAAGAUACAAAAGGUAUAAAAGAUAUAAAAGAUACAAAAGGUAUAAAACGUAUAAAAGAUAUAAAAGGUAUAAAAGAUAUAAAAGGUACAAAAGGUAUAAAAGGUAUAAAAGGUACAAAAGGUAUAAAAGAUAUAAAAGGGUCAUAA